GAUUGCCCAUUUAUCCACUUGGCCCCGGUUUAGAUUGCAAUUGCAUUUCACAGACUGUAAUUCUCGGCCUCUUCUGUCAAUACAGCGAAAGUGCAUGUCGUAAGCGUAAGCAACAUAACUCCAUUAAAGAAGAUGUUGUAAUAAUUAGAGGAGGAGGCGAAUCAAACUGACCGAUAAAAUCAAGUCUUAGAAAUGGAAACGGAGACCCGAUUGGUGCGAAUUUGCAUCGAAGCAGCGUGUGAAACCAGAGAAUCUGUGGAGAAAUGGAGGAGGCAACGACGGACUCUCGAGCGCAUCCCUUCGCCUCUUGCUGACGCUAUGCUUCGCCGCCUCCUCCAUCGCCGCCUUCUUUUCCCUUCUUUGCUCGAAGUUUUCAAACAAAGCGUAGAGGUGGUUGAUCUGAGAGGUGAAAACGCUGUGGAUGCAGAGUGGUUAGCAUAUUUGGGAGCGUUUCGUUACUUGCGCUCCUUGAAUCUUGCCGAUUGCCGUAAAAUUAAUGGCUCGGCGCUUUGGGCUUUAACUGGGAUGACUAGUUUGAGGGAAUUGGACCUAUCCAGAUGUGCUAAGGUUGCUGAUGCUGGCAUUAAGCAUCUUCUAUCAAUUUCGACAUUGGAAAUACUCCGUAUCUCAGAAACAGGUCUAACGGCAGAUGGGGUUACACUUCUAUCCUUGCUUAGAAACUUAUCUGUCUUGGACUUGGGUGGCUUGCCUGUCACUGAUACAGCACUGAGUUCUCUCCAGGUGCUGAAAAAGCUAGAGUACCUUGACCUCUGGGGAAGUAACAUUUCUAACAAAGGGUCCACUGUUCUCCAACUGUUUCCCAAGCUGAGCUUUCUUAAUCUAGCCUGGACUAGUGUUACCAGGUUGCCAAAUUUGUCAUCUCUUGAAUGCUUAAACUUGAGCAACUGUGUGAUUGAGUCUGUAUUUGAAGGUGAUGGUAAUAAAGCUCCUUUAACUAAACUUAUAUACUCAGGAGCAACAUUUGCAAAUGAAGCUGAUGUGUUUUUACAUAUAGAACCUAGUUUUCUAUCUUUCUUGGAUGUAUCCAAUUCAUCCCUUCAGGGAUUCUAUUUCUUACCUUGCAUGAAAAUGCUGGAACACUUGGAUCUUAGCUCUAGCAUGAUGGGAGAUGAUUCAGUUGAAUUCAUUGCAUGUAUUGGAGCCAAUUUAAGAAAUUUAAAUCUCAGCAAAACAAGAGUUACCACUGCUGGAGUAUCAAUAUUAGCUCAACAUGUCCCCAAGCUUGAAUCUUUAUCACUAUCUCAUGCUCCAGUUGAUGAUUUGGCCAUCACAUAUAUUGGCACAAUACCUUCACUCAAGGUUGUUGACUUGAGCAAUACAAACAUUACAGGUUUCAUUCAACAGGUAGGGGAAGAGACAAAUUAUAUUCCUUCUCUGACGGCUUUGCAGAGACUCAAUUGUUUGCAGAGUUUGAAUCUGGAGCAUACCCAAGUCAUGGAUGUGGCCCUAGACCCUGUAUCAAGUUUUCAAGAGUUGAGCCACUUAUCUCUUAAAAGUGCUUCCCUUACAGAUGCAGCACUUUACAAUAUGUCGCCUCUGUCGAAGUUGACAAAUCUUGCCAUUUGUGAUGCUGUGUUGACCAAUUCUGCGCUAGAUUUAUUCAGACCCCCAGUAUCUCUGAAAAUGUUAGACCUGAGAGGUUGUUGGCUCUUGAAUAAGGAAGCCAUCUCAUCAUUCUGUAAGAAACAUCCCCUUGUUGAAGUGAGGCAUGAACUCCUUGGUGUGUCUCCAUCAGACCAAGGUAGCUGCGACCGUUCUUCCCCAUCACAAAUUUUUUUGAAACCUUCACAGAUGCACCGAAAGCAGGGAAAGAUGCCCAUGUCUGAGUAUUUUAUAGAUCAAAGACUGAAGUAUAACAGAGAGGAGUUACUUUCAUUACGAUAUCAAUCUUUAUCACAUGGUUCUGCUCCUGACAGAGGUCUUGUGAUGCCUAAGAUGCAGCCUGAUGAAAAGGAUAAAUUGCCGCUGGGCUAGUAGUCCAAUGAUUAGCUACUCACUUGUAGUGUAGUCAUUAGAGCAAUCUCACCCUUACCCCCAACCAAAAAUAAUUUGUAUGUCCAUUCAUGUUUUAAUUCACAAAAGAUUGUGAUGAUGAUGAUUGUAAAAAAUUGAAAAACUGUUUAACAAAAACGAGUUAUUUUUGGCA